GCGCGAUCACGGAACGGAGAGUUUCGGAGCAGGCAGAAGACUUUGAAUCGUCGGCUCGUUCGCACGGGAGCUGACGAUCUUUGAUAAAAUCUCGUGUCAACCGUUCUAAGAUUGAAAAUCGUUUGCGUGCGGAGUUUAAAUUCAAAGUGGCUGGAUAAAACUAGUAUUGAUGGCUUCGAUAAAACUAGUGUCGUUCGAGGAGGAAUUGAAGAAGAAUCCUGAAUUGAAAGAGGCAGAUAUUCAAAUGUUGAGAGAAUGGUGCAAAAAACAGCCUCACUUGCCCAAAAUAUCAGACAGCGAAUUAGCAUUGUUCUUGCAUAGCAAUUAUUAUCGACUCGAACCGACGAAAACUACUAUCGAUACUUUUUACACAGUUAGGACUCACGUACCUGAGUUCUUCUGCAAUCGAGAUCCUAAUAACAAUAAGGAACUCAAAAAAGCAUUUGAAACGGUAACAGAGCAAGUUUUGGAAGGAACUACUAAAGAAGGCUAUAAAAUCUUUUAUGGAAGACUUCUAGACAGCGAUUCAUCGCAUGUUGUUUACAACGAUGUGUUGAAAUUCCUAAAUAUGGUGAUCGAUCUAUGCCUUUACACUGAGGGCACUUACGAAGGCUACAUAAUAUUAUUUGACGUGAAAAACGUUUCUUUCGGUCACGUCGGCCGUUUGAGUCCUAUGGUCCUAAAGAAAUGGCUCUACUAUCUACAAGAAGGAUUGCCUGUCAGAUUGAAAGGUUUCCAUUUUAUGAAUUCUUCUCCGGUAAUGGAUGUCAUUAUGAAUAUGAUGAGACCAUUCAUGAAAAAGCAAUUGAUGGAUAUGUUGCAUAUGCAUACCACGAGCGACACUCUGGAGAAAUUCAUACCGCUCGAAGUUCUUCCGAAUGAAUCAGGCGGUCAAGCCGGUUCUCUACAGGAGUUACAUGAUAAACAAGUCAAAAAAUUGGUAGAUCACGUUGCUUGGUUCCAAGAGGAAGAAGGUCAUCGCGUUAAUGAGGCGCUACGACCGGGCAAGGCGAAGACAGCAACGGAUUUGUUUGGAGUUGAAGAAAGCUUUAAAAAGCUUGAAAUCGAUUGAUUGAAUAAUUAAAUGUUUUGCAACACCAAUGGUAUAGUUAUUUGGUUUUAUUUUUAGAAUACGCGGCGAUAACCACACAGUUUUGGAAAAUAAAAAUAUUUCAUGUUUAUUAACAUUAAAUAUUUAACCAAUUUUUAUGGAAUUAAAUAUAGUAUAGUAAUAACAACUAAUAACAAUUGUACUGAUUGUUUAUUAGAUUAAAUCAGAUUAAGCAUAUAAUAGUUAGAUAUAUCAUAAUUGCAUGCACGAAUCACAAAUUUAAUUAUAUUACUCCUUAUUACUUCACGUUUACUUAGUAAUCAGGUUUCUUAUUUGCGUUUUUUCAUACACAUAAUGUUUUUCUGCGGCAAUCAAAUUUAAUUAUUCAAUCUUAACAUUUAGUAACAGAUAAAAUUAUAUUAUUAUGUUAAUUUCAACAAAGAUUAGUAUUAAAUUUAAACAUUUUAAAUAUAUUUAUACGUUAAGAAAGUUAUUCUCAUAUAAAAUG